AUGAAUGGACAGAGGAAGGAAGGCAUCAUUCUCGACUGCGAGCAGUUCUCGGCUACUGGGGCGGACCCCAGUCAGCAUUUAUGCUGCCGCGAAUAUGUCAGGGGAAAAUAUCCUCGAACCAUUGGCGGUCGACGAGUCGACCUCUGUCGUUAUACCGAGCGGUGGGAUUCGAAUGAUCAGACCGUCAUCUCUCACUUGGCCGCUAUUGGCGAUGCCUUGGAGAAUGUGGCGCCAGUCUACGAAGACUUUGGGGUCGACUUUGAUCUGAUAGUGAUAUACAGCAAGACUUUGCCCAAGAUCGACGGUGACGACGUCGACGGCUACGAGCAAGAGAAAGUCGGCACGUCGACGGACUAUCAAGGUAUUCCUGGCAGUAUUCCUGACAGUAUAAUCUAUACUAAUAUCGUAUUGGAAUAUUACCUACGGAUACCAGCACCUAAGCACUACACGGUCACGUCGACCCUCAUGGGCCCUUACACGUCCAUCCACGGGUACACGCCCAUCCUGCCCACGAAGGCACUGACCAUCCCUUCCCUUGUGAUCCAAACCGCAUUUGAAAAGAUGCACGCCUUCUUCCACCUCGGCCUUAUGCUGCUGACGUCGGACGUCCCGCCAGCCAAAGAUGCCGCCAAGGAUAAAAUAGCCUCACUGCCAGUGUCAGGCAGGAAAGGCACCUGGACAUGGUUCCAACCCUAUGCUACUUCAGACGCAAACGAUCUAAACCCGACUUAUGCAGAGAUGCAAGUACAAGAAGAUCUAGGAGACAAAAAGUAUGAGAAACCGCCGUAUACGUUCAUUGAGGGUUUCUUGCAAUUGAUGGGCAGUCUGGAACAGAAGAAUCAAGCCAAGGCUGCAGCUGGGGCGGGAGGAGGAGGCGGAGGAGGAGGAGGUGCUACCUUGAAAUAA